GUCAGCGUAGAUCCAUGUCACCGUCUCACCUCUAGCCACAAAUUAAUGGCAUAAAAAACCACAACUAUAACCAAUUGCAUAAAUGUAACAAGGAUGAAAAUUGCCCUAAAUCACACACAUCCACAUCCAUUUUCAGACAGCCUGAUUUCAAUUCAGGUCGUUGCAGUAAAGCAGUAUUAGCUAAUCAUAACGCAAAUUAUUUUUAGCUCCGCAAUAAUCAGUCACGUUAUCAUGAAACACUUAAUUUCCAGUCAACCAUUUAAGGCUGGGACGGAUUCGUUUAUUGUAGCGGUGUCUGUCAUAUAUUCAGACCACAAAGAAAAAGGAAACUGUGCAUGAGCGAGGCACACAUAUCACCCUGUCACCUAUAUGACAGACCAAAAACCAUUCAAUACCAAAGACGGACGGACCGGGAUCCAGCGGGAUGUGACGAAGCUCACGCCCAGACUGACACGGCAAGGCGGCCGGCAGCAUCGGGCGCAGCACGGCCUCGGCGAUGGACAUGACUGUGCAGUACCGUGUCAUAGCAAAUUACACUCACAGCCGCCUAGACUUCCAUGCAAAAAAGCCGUCAUCUGCAUAUCACGAUCGCGGCCUUGAACUGCACGGCCAGUGCCGGUAUGUCGUCGCCUGCCGUGGAUGUGGAGUGGGGAGGUGAAGAGGCGGGAGCUGGGCAGCUGGUGAACGACAGAUGGCCCCCUGGUGCACCUGAGAGCCAGGAGAGGUUCUUUGUGGAGCAUCACACCUGGAGCGAUCUGAGGAAUAUCCUGACAGACAGCCAGCGUGGCCAGUUCAACAUGGUGUCCAAGCCGCCUCAUGAGUUCCAGUUCGUACUGAAGAACGACCCAGAAGGUCUUCACUCCCAUCGCGUGUACUUCCUGGCCAUGACCAGCGAGGGCAGGGAGAACACACUGUUUUACGCUGAGAUUCCCAAGAGGAUCAACAAGCAGGCGCUGCUCUACCUCACAUGGAAACCCCUGCUGCUGCACUUCCAUAGCCAAGACUUCGGGGAGUACUAUCGAGAGGACGAGCUUCUGCGAGAGAGGAAGCGCAUAGGGGCGCAGGGCAUCAUGUCAUACGACUUUCACCGCCCCAGCGGCAGCUUCAUGUUCCAGGCCGGCGGCUCCCUCUACACCCUGAAGGAUGGCGGCCCCAAAGGCUUCACGAACCAGCCUCUCCAGCCUGAGACAGUGCCCACCUCUUGCCACAACAUCCGAAUGGAUCCCAAGCUUUGUCCCGUGGACCCCGCCUGGUUCUGUUUUGUCCACAGCUGUGACCUCUGGAUCGGGAACCUGGACAGCGGGGCGGAGUCUCGCCUCACUUUCGCCCACAAAGGUGAAUCCAACCUGAAGGACGACCCUAAGUCAGCGGGGAUGGCCACCUUCCUGCUGCAGGAGGAGUUCGACCGCUACACCGGAUACUGGUGGUGUCCUGUGGCAGAGUGCGACUCGGUCGGCGCCCGGGUGCUGAGGAUCCUCUAUGAGGAGAACGACGAGUCCGACGUGGAGGUGAUCAACGUGACGUCGCCGCUGCUGGAGACGCGGCUCACCGAGGCCUUCAGAUACCCCAGGGCCGGGACCGGGAACCCAAAAUCCACGCUCAAGUUGCUGGAGGUGACGGUCAGCACUGAGGGAGAGGUUGUGAGGGUCCUGGAUAAGCGGCUGGUUCUGCCUAUGGUGGAGCUCUUUCCCGGCACAGAGUACAUCACGCGGGCGGGGUGGACGGCAGACGGGCGCUUUGCCUGGGCUCUGCUGCUCAACCGGCCCCAGACCCGGCAGCAGCUGGUUCUUCUCCCCCCGGCCCUCUUCAUCCCGGACUGGACCCCCUCCGGCACCCGACCAGAACCAGAUAGCGCCACACCCUUCAUCGUCUACCAGGAGACCACUGACAUCUGGAUCAAUACCCACGAUAUCCUCCACUUCCUGCCACAGAGGGAGGACGGGGAGAUCAGCGUCAUCGUAGCGUCUGAGGUCCACACAGGUUUCCGGCACCUCUACCGGGUGACAUCCCGGCUGCAGGCCUCCUGGGGCCCCACCAGCACGGACGGGGGGGGUGCUGCAGGUGACUUCCUGUGUCCCGUGAAACAGCAGGUGGCGCUAACCUGGGGAGACUGGGAGGUGUUGGGGAGACAUGGUUCUAACAUCACCGUGGACGAGGAGAGGGGCCUGCUGUUCUUCCAGGGCACCCGCGAAAGCCCCCUGGAGCACCACCUCUAUGUCACCAGUUGGCUGCGGCCCGUCGAGGCUUGUAGGAUCACCAAAGCUGGCCACUCGCACACCUGCCGGCUCAGCCAGCUGAUGGACAUGUACAUCAGCCGCUUCAGCAGCGAGCAGAACCCGCCCUGCGUCAGUCUCUUCAGGCUGAGUCUGGAGGAGCGCGACUUCGAGCGACUGCAGGGCGAAUUCUGGGCCUCUCUCCUGGAGUACCCAGCAUGUCCCUGGGAUUACGUCCCACCCGAGUUGUUCAACUUCGAGAGCCGAUCUGGACAAACGCUGCACGGAAUGUUCUACCGUCCCCACAAGCUGCAGCCAGGGAAGCGCCACCCAGUGGUGGUCUUCGUCUAUGGGGGACCACAGGUGCAGCUGGUGAACCGGCGCUAUAAGGGCCUGAAGCACAUGCGGCUGCACACGCUGGCAUCGCUCGGCUACUGCGUGGUCACCGUGGACAACCGGGGGUCCUGCCACCGUGGCCUGGCCUUCGAGAGCGCGCUCCAGAACCGCAUGGGCCAGGUGGAGAUUGACGACCAGGUGGAGGCGCUGGAGCACCUGUCCUCGCGCUAUUCCUUCAUGGACAUGGACAGGGUGGCCAUCCACGGCUGGUCCUACGGGGGCUUCCUGUCUCUCAUGGGCCUUCUGCAGAGGCCCGACCUCUUCAAGGUGGCGAUAGCGGGCGCUCCAGUCACCAUGUGGACACACUAUGAUACCGGCUACACAGAGCGGUACAUGGGCCUUCCUGAGCAGAACCAGGACAGCUACCAGCUGAGCUCUGUCACCCUGCAAGCACACCGCUUCCCAUCCCAACCCGGUCGCCUGCUGCUCCUCCAUGGCGUGCUGGAUGAGAAUGUGCACUUCGCCCACACCAACCUGCUGCUCAGCGCGCUGGUGCGUGCGGGGAAGCCCUACCAGCUGCAGCUGUACCCCCAGGAGAGGCACAGCAUCCGCCUGCCCGAGUCCGGGGAGCACUACGAGCUGCACCUGCUGCACUACCUGCAGGAGCACCUGGGCUCCAGAACCACCUCCAUCCUCAGCGCCUCCUGACCUUCUACACGCUUCCUCUUGCUGACCAGCAGGGGGAGACAAACUCGGCAAACCAGUGUGGAUGUCCAAACGCCACCAUUCAGAAUGGUUACGGUCUGGCUAACUUCCCCAGAUUGGCUUGUGGGGAGGGGCGGGGGGGGGCACAGGAUUUGGGGGACCUUGCAGGGGAUGUGGUAGAGGGUUUUGCUAGAGGGAGAGCUGAGUAUGUAUUCCUAAAUGCUUAAAUGAUGGGGAAGGGGCUGCAAGACACCAGUAUUUAUGUUUUCAUGUAUUUGAUACCUUUACUCAUGAAAUAUGACCAUAUUGUAAGGCGGCGUACCUUAAAGAGCUCGUCUGUACACGGAUCAGCAAACACUGACUGAUGUUGGAAGAUGGACCACAUGCUGAACACUAAGGCGGCCGCUGCCUGCUUGUCUGCGCAGCCUGUGCUGUGCGGAUCUGGGCAGCUGCUGCGCAGGUCCCGCCGUAGCAAUCGGCUGCCAGUCGACUGCAUGUUUCCAUAUUCUCAUUAGACCUUGGUUGUGUGCCAGUGUAGUUACUGUAUGAGCCUGUAACACACAUCCUCACUUUCCCACACACAUAUCAGCUAUAUAUUUAUACUCUCCUUGUUUUUUUCUGUGGUUAUGUCAUGUAUCCCUUUCUCUUCAAAUAAUCAGGAAACCUUCAUUCUUUCUUGGGUCUUUCCAGCAGAAUGGCCUCUGGUGCUGUUGUGCAGGGAUGGUGCAUGAACUAAUAAAACGACUAUUUUGCUUUGA